GACAAUUUAGUAAGCAAAUAGAAUCCAGAGUGUGUGGUGUCAUUCAAGACUAGGCGUCUUAAUUUGUGGCGAAAUAGUACAAAAUAUAUUAUAAUAAUAAGUUUUUGAUUUUGUAGUUGUUGUUACUUGUUAUCAUGAGAGUACUGAGAAUUUCAUUUUUCGCUUUUAUUGUUUUUUAUUGUCAACAAUAUGUUCUGGCGAAACCUUCAAUAAUAGCAGUUGCAUUGCUCUCUCGACAUGGGGAUCGAACUCCGUCUGCGAGCUACCCAAAGGAUCCUCACAUUCACUAUCCAUGGGACGGUGGCUUCGGCGCAUUGACAGAGAAAGGAACUUUCCAAAUGUUCAAAUCUGGAAUGCACAAAGCAUCUCGAUAUGGAUCUUUGGUGAAAACAGAAAAUGAUACUUCGGAUCUUAGUAGGAUUUACGUGCGAAGUAGUUGUGUUGAUAGAUGCGUGAAAAGUGCUGAAAAUUUCUUAAAUGGAUUUCUAUUGGAACAAUGGCCAUCGAGUCUGGUCAAAGUGGUGCCUAGAAAGGAGGAUAAGUUUCUUGUUAUAACUGGUCGUCCUUGUCCAAAAUAUGCGUCAACAAUUCAGAAAGGAUAUGAUAUAUAUCAGCCAGAAAUGUCUUCAUUUUUCCCAACUCCAGAAGAUUAUGCUGAGUUCUCGGUGUAUAUUAAAAAUAACACAGGACUGAAUAUGACAUCUUUGCGAACGCUUUACAUCCUCGAGGAUAUCACCGAGAUUGAGAUGGACUACGGUCUACAGAAGCCUGUUUGGGCUGAGUCGGUUUACGAUCAAUAUGUUAAGCCGAUAUCGCAGUUCACUUUCGACAAGAGAGGCUCAUCCCGGUAUAUGCAGGUCCGAAGUGGCGUCUUCCUUAAAGACAUAACUGAACGCUUGGAAGAGGCAGCGAAGGGAUCAAAUAAGAACGUUUUUCUUUACUUCGGACACGAUUUAACCCAAAGCGCUCUUAGUAUUUGCUUGGAAAUAUUGGAGCAAACCAGUCCAAGACCUGCGUAUGGUUCAUCGUUAGCUUUCGAACUCCAUGAAAAUUCAGCACUUUUGGAUGAUUUUGAAAUAAAAUUGGUUUAUUUCAAGGAUUAUUCAAAUGAACAUCCCACGGAAAUCCAAAUCCCAGGCUGUGGAACGCCCUGCGGAUUUAAACGUUUCAAGGAAAUUAUCAGAACAAAAUUCAUUUUGGAUUAUGAUAAUAUAUGCCGGUUAUGAAAUAGGAGAUAGGGAAAUAGGUAUUAGUAAUUUCGCUGAUUUUAUUUAUGUAAUUUAAAGGUGUACAUACAUAUAUAUAUCCAUGAAUAGUUUGUAAAUACAUGUUUUCAGGUUAGUUCUUUUUUAGAAGAAAUAAAAAUAACAUGUGAAAAUA